AUGCUUGACCAUUUUAUCAGUUCAAUCAAUCAUGACAACAACUCCCACGCCCAUUCACUUAUAAACGAAGCUGUUGUCACCAACACUAUCAUACGCCCUUUCUUCCUACUUGUAUUCAUAUCAUCAUCAGUGAUCUUUGGUGACAAAAGUACAUGCCAAAAUGAGCGUCAUUACAAUGACAUCGUCUUUGAUUCAACAUCAAAUGAUCGUGUGUUCUUUGGAAGAAAGAUCGAUCUGCUGAUCCGUUUCGGCAAAGGUGCUAAGUCCCUAGAACUUUCGAGCAAUGAGUUCAAGAAGCCCACAGCAACGACAUCGCAAGUAAUGGCACAACAGAAUAAGAACUUGCGCGUCAAUGGCUCUCUCCUCAAUCACCUCCGUGCCCUGAACAACAAAUUCUUGGUGUGCUAG